AUGAACACGCCUUCUUCAUCAGGAACCAACAAUCGUUCUCAAACACAAGCAACCGCCGUAAGACAUCAUAUUCUUCGUGGAGAUUUCAAGGACAACGAGUACCCCAAAAACUACUCAUCCACGGCCUCCCGAUUUUCGCUGCAAACCAAAUUCGUUCAUGAGGGAUCCAAAAAUGAAAAGCUCCGAGCCAACUACGUGACCGAUGAGUUCUCGAAAUGCAUCAUAUGCAAAAAAGUCGGAUCCAAUCUUCUCAGCUGUGAAGGGCUCCAGAAUGGAAGAGAAGGCAGGUUGUGUGUCAGUCGAUUCCACAAGGAUUGUAUUCUGAAAUACAACGAUGGAGGAUUCAACGCCCGAUACGCCGCACUACCUGAAUGCCAGAACCUCCUUCUCUGUCCCCUACAUUGCUGCCACGACUGCAACAAGAGUGGAUAUAAACAGUCGGCUUACAAAGGAGAGCUUCUCGAAUGCCACCUGUGUUUCCGAUCAUUCCACGAAGCGACUUGCCUUCCUUCCGGAUCGAAAGUCUACCCAGUUGAGUGGAACGACGAUCAAAUGGAGAAGACAAGAAUGAUCAAGUGCCCAUCACACCCUACUCCGAAGCAAUGGAAGCACGUGGAGAAACAGUUCCCACAGGCCAUCACUGUAUGCCACAAGUGCUCGGAGUCGAACAAGAAGUACCCACUGGUGGAUUGCAAGACAUGCCAACGUGUCUUCCAUUCCAGAUGCAUCCCUAUCAAAAAAGUGGAUGAACAAACAGUUGAUAAGGAGAGAUGCGACUUCUGCUUGGAGAAUGGAGUGAUCCGUGUGAACAGUCCCGUUCUUGUAAAAUACGGGCACAGAUUCUACUUGGGCCUAACAAGACCAUCUUCUCUCUAUCCCAAGAAAGAAGAGGCGAAAUUGACAAAGAUCGGAAUGAGUGUUGUUCAGUGGCCAUUGGAUAAAAAUACCAUGUCUGUUGUUCCAAUCAAAAAUAUGGUUCAAUUAGAUAAAAAUUAUUUGAAAAUGGCUAGAAACUUGAAUGAGAGGAAUGAAUGGAAGAAGCAGAUUGAUGAGUUCAAGAAGAGGGAGGAGUUCCCGAAACUCUAUAAAGAGGUGGCAAAAGAAAUAAGCCGUUCCGUACCUUACCGGAUCCAAUCACUUCCAACAUUUUCGAUGACGAUUGCUGAUUCGGAUUGUGGAUGCCAUGGGAAUGCUGACUGUUCAACGGAUGACUGCUCCUACCGUAACAUUGUCGUAGAGUGUCCGCCGACGUGUUCCAGUGGGAAACGGUGCAAGAAUCGUUUUGUCACCAAUGGAGAAAUGCAUCCGGGAAUCGAGCGGAGAGCGACCGAUGACCGGGGAUACGGAGUCUUCGCGACGGAAGAUAUCAAGAGUGAAACGAACUUGGUGGAGUACGUCGGAGAAGUUAUCGAUGAAGUGGAGAAGAAUAAGCGGCUGGAAGUUAUCAAUGUUUCGGGAGAUUUGGAAGCGAGUCAUUAUAAUAUGCGCAUGAAGAAAGUGCAUUUCUAUAUGGAUUCCACCAGAGCUGGAAAUAUUGCUCGGUACCUCAACCACUCCUGUGAACCAAACGCAGAAGUGUUGGAAGUAGGAGUUUAUGUGCCCAACCAAAGUAAGAGUAAGACGAAGAUGAAAUUCGAGCCUCGAAUCCUCGUCCGCACAACGCGACCCAUCAGGAAAAAUGAGGAGAUCACCAUCGACUACGAUAUGGACAUGGUGAACCACGUCUGCUUGUGUGGGAGCUCCAAGUGCUCUGGAAGGAUGAAAGCUGGAGCAGUGCAGGAUGUUGAAAUGAAGAAAGGAGAUGACGUGUUCAAUAUUUUGAGAAAAUAUGCUGAUAAGUCAAGCCCGAAGAAGACUGAAGAGAAAGUGAUUCCGAAGAAGCGUCAACGCCAACAAAAGCUCCCUUGGACACCGACUAAGAAGGCUCGAUUGGAGUGA